AUGGCUGAUCAGUGCAUUGUUUGUUUGGAGGAUUUGGAUGUCGUUCCUGACCCCAUUGUCCCCCAUCUCGAAAUAGCGGGACCAUCCGCAGACCUGCCCGCGACGACGACGCAUCCUGGGAAACUCGACAACAACCAACCUGUCGCUCUGAUUAAACCUUGUGGUCAUAUUCUACAUGAUGAGUGUUUACGAGAAUGGUCUCAGAAAGCGAAUAGUUGCCCUAUCUGCCGCCAGACGUUUAAUUUGGUCGAGGUAUUAAAUAAAGUUGGAGGUACCGCUUUGUCAGAAUAUCAAGUCGAAGAUAAGAAACAAGAAGCCUCAACCACAUUCGACCCCAACUGGGUCGUGGACGAAUUCGAAGAGGAGGAAGAAGAGUCCCGCCCAUGCCCAGUCUGCGAUCAGACAGACCAAGAAGAGGUUCUCCUCCUCUGCGAUGCAUGCAAUGCUCCGUACCACACACACUGUAUUGGUCUCGGCGACCAAGUUCCAAAUGGAAGCUGGUUUUGCAUGGAAUGCGAGGAUGACGGAGCACCAGCAAGAGCCGCUGAACUUAGGGAGGCACAACCAGAGAGAGCACCCUCAACUGGGCGGUUCGGUCCUAGGACUCAAGCAGCUGUCCGUCGGAAUCGUCGUCAAGCCAGGACAGACCAUUGGUUUGGGACCUGGAGUGUAAUUGGGACUAGGGUUCAUAACCAGGUUGGCUUGGAUCUCGACUUUUCAGACGAGGAUGAGCAAGAAUCUAUGAACGGGUACAGGACGAUGCUCCAUCGCAAUUCGAUCGAGCAAUCCCAGAUGCGACAGUUCCAACGGCGCCUAAAUAUUGCUACCAGACAAGGUGCUCGAGAUGUCUUCCGUCAUCUAGCCCCUCCAAGCUAUCGACCUCCUCAACGCGUACGAAACCGAACACCCCCAACACCAGCUGAGACGGUCGAACAAUCGCGAGCUUGGGGCGCAUUCGAAAGGGCAAAGGAGAUAGAUACUACUAGUCCAAACAACCGAAAACGAAAAUCCAGGUCAGCAACAGCAUCCCCCGGAGCAGGUCCUGCGCUACCUGCAGAACCGGAACGGAAAUUAAAACGACCUCGGACACGAAGAGUAUUGGAGCCGGCGGAGGCAUCCUCCUCGGGGGAUCAACCAACUCCCCAAACAAAUGGUAAUAUUCGCCCCAUCUCUCCGCCUGACCAACCUGGACCGUCUUUUCUUCAAUCUCUGUUGAAAGAAGUCGACAUGAACGCGGCAUCUGAUGAUGAUACCCCGCGCUCCGGUUUCAGUGCAACAACAACCUCGGGCCCAAACCGUGUUACCAGCCCUUCGGUCGAAUAUUCGUCACCGGCUGCGUCACCAUCAUCGUCUUCAUCUCACACACCCCGAGGGCUAUCCAUUACACCGCCACCACAUAUCGUGCAACGUAAGGGUUCGCCUUGUCCAAUGACCUCGAGAGUAGAACCGAUAUACCCACCAGCAGACUACUCACCGAAUCGAUCGCCCGGAGAAGCCUCAUCAAGCCCUACAAGUGAAAUAAGACAACCAAGACCAAGGCGACAAAAACCACGACCACUUGCCCUCGCCCGCUCACCAGACACAUCACCCGUUCGCGCCUCAAUGUCAGCAGAAGCCAAAGAAGGCAUAAACAAGAUUGUCAAAUCAGUCCUGGCACCGCAUUGGAAAUCCCAACGAAUAACCAAAGAACAAUACGCCGACAUCAACCGCGAUGUAUCGCGGAAACUGUACGAGAUCGUAGCAGACCGCGACGUGGCAGAGGACAAGGAGCGGUGGGAGAAGAUUGCUACUUCCGAAGUAGCGACAGCAGUGGAUACUUUAGCUACAUGA